AUGCCCUCUCAGGCAGACCAUUUGGAUGAAAAUUCGCAGUCGUCCAAUCAGGAAAUUGCAGAGCUCGCAGCUCUCAUCGAUUCUGAAAUAGCUGACGAGCAGUUGGAGGCAAUAGAAGAAGUCUCCCAGCUCAUUGCUCGCGAACCCAUUCCAGACAUCUCCCUGCUAAGUAGCAUUUGUAAACAAGAGAAGACUCUUAGAGGUAUAAACAGACUCAUCUUGUCGGACGACGAUGACGGUAGGCAAGCUGCGUGCAAUCUUCUCUUCAUGUUAUCGAUGUCGCAACCGGAACGGCCCUUUGAUAAUCCUUGCGCGGCACAUGUUCAGAACCGUGCAAUGAUAGGAAAUUUCCCUGGUCUUUUUCAAGCAUUUGUUGUUGCAUUGGACAAGGGAUCGAUUCAUACCAAGAAUGCAGCCCUCAAUGCGCUUAUGUCAAUUUCGUUCGACAAUGCCGAAAAUUGUCUUCGAAUUGCAGAGACCCCAGGCAUGAUACAAACGUUGCUCGAGGGUCUAAACAUUGGAUCCGAUGAGUCGAGAGACGGUGCAAGUGGUGUCUUGUGCAACAUCGUCUAUUACAACAAGGAAGCUGCCCAACUUGUACUCGGACUGGACAAUGUUCUCGCUAUACUCAAAGGACUCUGUAUAUCCAAAGACAACUGGAGCAACUACCUUGGCGUCUCUGUAAUAGAAGCGUUUUGUCAUCAGGAACAUGUGGUUCCGAUGCUGCGACAAGCAAGAGCAGUAGACGCGUUGAAAGAAGCAAUGACGGCGCAGGACUCUUCUGUACUUUAUAGCCAGACUACACGCCUUGCAGCGAUGAUGGCUCUAGCUCGGUUGGUUGAUCAUCGGGAGCUUCCAUCAAUGCACAUGGGUAAAGAUGUGCUUGUUGAUGCGACAGAUGCUUUGCGCCACUCUCUGAAUGGCGAGGCAUGGGGGACCCCCUCGAUCGUUUUCCUACCAAUAGAUUGCCUGAAAGCUCUUGCAAAUAUUUCCGUUUGUCGCGACAAUCGCCGAUGCUUGAUCGAUGCUCAAGUUAUCCAGUUAUAUGCAAGGAUAUUCUCCAAAUGGAUUUCACAAGCUGAGAGGAAGUACGAAGUAAACCAUUUGGAGAGAGCUGCACUGAAAUCACACGAGAAUUGUUCGAAGGAUACAGAGAACCACACUUCGGCAUCCGAAAACACAAUUGGUUUUGAUACAGAAUCAUUGAAUGGAACUGUGAAGCAUGAAGAGGUAGAACUGGCACUCGCGGGGCUAUCAAAUCUGUCGCAUGACUUUCAGUCAAGGACUGUCGUGGCGUGA